UUAUUUAUAUUAUUUUACUACAUUUUUUGCCAAUUUUUAUUUAUUUACUUGUUUGUUUGUUAAUUUAUUUAAAUUUAAUUGUAUUAUUUUACGAUUUUUUAGUUUAUACGUUAAUGUAUUCAUUUAUAUAUUUUGCGAAUUUGUUAUUUUUUUAUUCAUUGCAUGCUUGCACAUUUGUUUAUCGUACUUAUUCAUUGUUUUGGUAGGUUCUGCGCGUUUUUUUUAAUUUAAUUUGUAUUAUUUUACGAUUUUUUUUGUUUAUCUGUUAAUUUAUUUAUUUAUAUAUUUAGUGAAUUUGUUAUUUUUUAUUCAUUACAUGCUUGCACAUUUGUUUAUCGUAAUCAUUUCUUAUUUUGGCAGGUUCUGCGCUUUUUAAAAUUUAAUUUGUAUUAUUUAUUUAUUUUUUAGUUUAUUUGUUAAUUUAUUUAUUUACAUAUUUUGCGAAUUUGUUCAUUUUUUAGUCACGGCAUGCUUGCACAUUUGUUUAUCGUACUCUAUUAUUUUGGCAGGUUCUGCGCUUUUUUAAAUUUAAUUUGUUUUACGGUUUUUUACUUUGAUUAUUUAUUUAUAUAUUUUGCGAAUUUGUUUAUUUUUUAGUCAUUGCAUGCUUGCACAUUUGUUUAUCGUACUCGUUUAUUAUUUUGACAGGUUCUGCGCUUUUUUUUUAGUUAAUUUGCAUUAUUUUACGAUUUGUUUUAGUUUAUUUGUUAAUUUAUUUAUUUGUAUGUUUUGCGAAUUUGUUCAUUCUUUUGUUAUUCAUUAAUUAUAGGCCUACGUGGCACGGUUUUCAUUUGCGUUCAUGUUUUCUUUUAUUGUUUUGGUUUUUAUAUUUGAUGUGAGUAUAUUUUUAUUUACUUAUCUGUUGAGGCGGUGUUUCAGCACGUGUCUAAUAAAGAAACAAAUCAGUGUGUGGGUCUGCAGCUGCGCUCGUCCGGUGCGCAUCACGCACUCACGCCCUCCAGCUUCAGUACAGCGCCUGCGCUCCGCUGCUUCGGUUCCACCGUCUCCUCACGAACAUGGCGGCGCCUGCGCUCUCCAGCCGGGCUGGUUCAGCUGGCAGUAGCCCCACCGCCACCCCGAGCAGCACCAAACACGUCCCGCACUCCCCCGAGCUGGACUUCAGGUCCGGAACCAGGAUAGAAGAGCUCAACCGGCUGAUCGCCGAAUUCAGCAAGCACGAACAGCGCGAGUAUGACGACCAGCGAGCGCUCGAGAUCCACACGGCCAAGGAUUUCAUCUUCUCCAUGCUCGGCAUGGUGCAGAAGUUGGACCAAAAGCUUCCAGUUGCCAAUGAGUACCUGCUGUUGUCAGGUGGGGUCCGGGAAGGCGUGGUUGACAUGGAUCUGGACGAGCUGACAGUGUAUGCACGGGGAGCUGAUUACGACAUGGACUUCACAUUACUGGUUCCUGCGCUCAAACUGCAUGACCGAAACCAGCCGGUGACACUAGACAUGCGCCAUUCGGCGCUCUGCCACUCCUGGCUCAGUCUGCGUCUGUUUGAUGAGGGAACCAUCAACAAGUGGAAGGACUGUUGCACUGUUGUAGACCACGUUAACGGCGCCACCAAUUACUUUUUCUCACCCACGCUGGUGGCCGACUGGUUCUACGAAUCCAUUAGUAUGGUCCUGGCGGAGAUUCAGAAGAAGCCGCAGCGUGGCGUCCCACGGGUCGAGAAGGUGGAGCGUAACGCAACCGUCAUCUCCAUCAUCUUGGGUGUUGGAGGCAGUCGGAUGCUGUACGACGUGGUUCCAGUAGUCUCAUUCAAAGGCUGGCCGGCGGUGGCCCAAAGCUGGCUAAUGGAGAACCAUUUUUGGGAUGGGAAAAUUACGGAGGAGGAAGUGAUUAGUGGGUUUUAUCUGCUGCCUGCAUGCUCUUCUACAGGCCAGAAGGAAAACGAAUGGCGCUUGUCGUUUGCGCGCAGCGAGGUGCAACUGAAGAAGUGCAUUUCUGCGAGUCUCAUGCAGGCGUACCAGGCUUGUAAAGCUCUGAUUAUUAAGCUUCUCUCUCGACCCAAAGCUAUCAGCCCGUAUCACCUGCGCUCGCUCAUGCUUUGGGCCUGCGAUCGGCUGCCGCAUACGUACUUGGCACAGGAAGAUUAUGCUGCGCACUUUUUGCUUGGGUUGAUCGAUGACUUGCAGCAUUGCUUGGUGAAUAAAACCUGCCCGAAUUACUUUAUCCCGCAAUGCAACAUGCUAGAGCAUCUCAGCGACGACACGGCCAUGCUGCACGCACGCAAGCUGUCGUCCGUUCGCUCUGACCCAGCAGAACACUUGCGAAGCGCAAUAGAGCACGCAAAAGCCGCAUCGCGGCUCACGCUUGAGCUUCAGUGGCGUGGAGGAAGUUCAAACUUGUCAUCUCCGCUGUCAGAAACUGGAGCCGAUCAGCAACCGGAUGACCGGCUUGCGAAGAAACUCCAGCAGCUGGUCACGGAGAAUCCUGGGAAGUCCAUUUCAGUCUUCAUAAACCCAGACGACGUCACACGGCCUCACUUUCGCAUUGAUGACAAAUUCUUUUGAAGCCACGAUUGAUCUGACUAGGGACAAGCUCACUUUUGCAUCCGUAAAACAUUUUUCUGAAGCCACUCCAGCUGAUCUGAUUGGGUGCUGGCUGCAAAUGACAUCAUGCAACCUCAUUUUUAAUUGAUGAGAAAUUAUUCUGAAGCCACUCCCACUUAUCUGAUUGGGUGCUGGCUGCAAAUGACAUCAUGCAACCUCAUUUUUUAAUUGAGAAAUUAUUUUGAAACCACGCCCACUGAUAUGACUGGAUGGAAGAGGACCUCAUAGAAUCUAAUUUUUUUUACAUCGAUCAAGUUUUUCUGAAGCCACACCCACUGAUCUGAUUGGGUACUAGCUGCAAAGGACAUCAUACAACCUCAAAUUUUAAUUGAUGAGAGAUAAUUCUAAAGCCACACCCACUGAUCUGAUUGGGUGCUGGCUGCAAAUGACAUCAUGCAACCUCAUUUUUUAUUUGAGAAAUUAUUCUGAAGCCAUACACAAUGAUCUGAUUAGGUGCUGGCUGCAAAUAACAUCAUGCAACCUCAUUUUUUUAACUGAUGAGAAAUUAUUCUGAAGCCACGCCCACUGAUAUGACUGGGUGUUGGCUGCAGACAACCUCACAGAACCUCACUUUCACAUUGACAAUUUUUUUUUUUUCUGAAGCCACACCCACUGAUCCGAUUGGGUGCUGGCUGCAAUUAUGCAACCUCAUUUUUUUAAUUCAGAAAUUAUUCUGAAGCCAUACACACUGAUCUGAUUGAGUGCUGGCUGCAAAUGACGUCAUGCAACCUCAUUUUUUAACUGAUGAGAAAUUAUUCUGAAGCCACUCCCCCUGAUCUGAUUGGGUGCUGGCUGCAAAAGACAUCAUGCAUCCUCAUUUUUUUUAAUUGAUGAGAAAUUAUUUAGAAACCACACCCACUGAUCAGUGGGUGCUGGCUGCAGACGACCUCAUACAACCUUACUUUUGCAUUGAUACAUUUUUUUUUUUUUUUUUUUUUUUUUUUUGAAGCCACGCCUCCUGAUCUGAUUAGGUGCUUACUGGGGAAGAGCUCACUUUUGCAUUGAUGACAUUCUUCUAAAGCCACGCCCAUUCAUCUAAUUGGGCGCUGAAAACCUCACUACAACAUUAAUGAUCAAUUCUUCUGAAGCCACACCCUCGGAUCUGAUUGGGCGCUGACUGCAGACGACCUCACUAUAGCGUUAAUGAUCAAUUCUACUAAAGCCACGCCCCCUGAUCUGAUUGGGCGCUGUCUGCAGACGACCUCACUUUUGCGUCAGUGACACAUUCUUCUAAAGCCACGCCCCUUGAUCUGAUUGGGUGCUUUUAUUUGAUUAUUAUUUUUUAUUUUUUUUUUGGUGGCAUUUCUUGUUUUUUAAGGAGUCCCAGAUAGGAAGCCGUGUUUUUUGCACAGCGCUGGAGAUGUUAAACGCUUCAGGCUCUGAAUAUGAUGUUAAAAAUGGACAUGAUCCUGUUUCACUGCUGCCAGUUUAAAGUCGUGUUCACAUAUCUGUUCCUCCCCAUUACGGAUGCCCAGCUUUUACGGGAAGGAUAGAGCGGAAGAUUUAUGGAAGGAUGUGGGGGGAGGACGGUUUGUGCAUGGCUCAUGUGGAAAACAGGAAACCCAUAACUCCACUCAGAAGUGCAAUUAGACAAAAUGUGUUUAUACGCUUUACUUGUAAGUACACUGUAACAUGAUACUGUAAACAAGCUAUUUUAGACACCAUAGUUUCACAAACACACUUACAGAACUUUAUUCUCACAAACUGCACAUUAGGACUCCAAAAAUACACAAAACACACUCUCUGUGAUGAUGGAUGUUUGUUUCUUUUUAACACAGUCUCUUGGGUGAAUCUCAUGAAAAUAUUUCCUUGUAAUAUUUGACCCCCCCUUAAAUUAUGAGUAAUUAUAUUUUGCAUUAAGAAAAUGAAGCCUGUUUUCAUGGUAUUUAAACAUUUUAACACUAAUUUUCUCUUCAUGUUAUUUUUUUUUUGUAUUUAAUUAGAUUCUCAUUUUCACAUCAAAUAAUUUUGCAGUUUCAAUAUUUUUUCCGCAUUGCAUUGCAUUGCAUUGCAUUGCAUUGCAUUGCAUUGCAUUGCAUGUGCUUGUCCUGAUAAAUCCCUAUUCUAAAAUAGGCUUUAAAUUGCUUUUGUGAGAUUCACCUCUUGGGAAAAAAAAAUCUAAACAAAAAACUGUAUUUGCUUGUGUUUUUAUAUAAGUAUAUAUGCUGCUAAACAUGAUAGGUGCAUUGAAUAAUUUGUUUUUGUAAUAAUUUGAGUAUUUUGAUCAUUAUGUGAUGUGCUUUGUAACUGUACAUACUGCUGUAAUUAAUCCCGCCCACUUCUCCCAGUUUGACCAAUCAGCCUCAGCCAAUCAUGUGACGUGCACUCGUUUAAUUAUUGACACAUGCAUAUCUUUGAAUGUGAUUGGUAGGAGGGACUGAUCAGAACAGACCAAACGUGAAUCUUCAAGCUCUACAGGGACCAAUCGUUAUGCCUUAUCGCAGAAAUCACCCAGUGGGGUGUUUUUAUUCCGAUUAAGGGGAUCCUAAAGACUCUUUUACAGCCCCAGCGUUUCUCUUUAUAUCUGAAUCAGGACAUAUCAGAACUAAACUGAACAUGUUGCUUUAUUUUAACUGCUGUCAUUAGGCGAAUGCCCAUGAGAAUUGUGUGUAUAUGUUAGUCUUAUGCUUGAUAAAUAUCUCUAACAUGCCAGCGGGCUUAUGGACACCUCAGCAAAAUAACAUAUCUGCUCUGGAUCAGUGUUGCAUUGCAGUUUAAACUUGUGUUUGGUAAAUAAAGCUGUACAGAAAUGCAAAAAUGUGAGGAAGACUUUUCUGUUUUGCAACUAAAAUGUCUUUUUUUUAAAGCUGCAUUUAUUUGAUCAAAAAUACAGUAAAAAUAGUUAAACAUUACAAUUCAAAUAACUGUUUUCU